AUGGCGUGGUGGCCCUUUUCCAGAAACAAUAAGCCUGGGGUUCCAGAGCAGGAUCAAGUAGCCGCAGCCCCUGUGCAGCAGAGGCCUGCGGAACCACUACCUACCAAUUAUACGCCUGGACAGAGGCUGCUACUGGAAGAUACGCGGCCUCGGUUCGACACACAGUCCAGUGCCAGCCAACAAGCAGUGCAGCGGGAGCGCGCCACGUUGGCGGAUGCAUGGAAAACCGUUCGAUGGGAGGAUUUUUCUCUUGAACGCAUGGCCGGGAUACCGUGUUUCCGCGACGCAGGCAUGGCGGGCUUCUCGGCCAUGGUGGUGGCCGGCUCGGUCACCUUCUUGUUCCACAAGAACCCCGUGCGGGCGGCAAACUGGGGGGUUGGCGGCCUGUUGCUCGGCUCCAUUGUGGGGUGGGAGCAAUGCCGCAUGCAGCGUCGGCGGAGCUUCCAGGUCGCGGAGAUGGCGCGCCAGACGGUUGCUGCAAAAGAGGCGCCGAUGUUGCGGAAGCCCGACAACGCGCAGAAGGCCGGUGCCGUCAGCCAGGCGUCUGAGCUCCCUCCGAAGAAGCCGUGGUAUCGUUUCUGGUAG